GCCGCGCCGCGGGACUCGGUGCGGCCGACGGACCUCGGCUGGGCAGUUCUCCUGGACAGGAAUGACGGAAUGUUUAAACGUCUUGUUCAAGAAAGACUUAUGUAGCCUAAUGGUGCUUUGUUGCCUCCUGGAUAUUGGUGGUGCAGCAGAAGCGGGCCCAGUGGAAGAAACUUGUCAGUGAUUGUACUUCAUAUUGGAAGUAGAAUCUGGAAUCAAGAUUUUACCCCUUUAAGCAGCUUGAUGGCACAAAGAAGAAGGUCCUUCAGUGUAGGAGAAGCAGUGGAGGAACUUGUGGGACCUGAUGGACAAAAGUGGGCUGAUAUGGAUCCAGAAGAACGAAUGCUAGUAGCCGCUAAAGCUUACACUCAUAUCUGUGCAGGCCACGGUGAGGGAGAUGUCAGGAGAGAAGCCCAGUCCAUCCUGUAUGAUCCCUACAGUAAAGCCUCAGUAACCUCAGGAAAGCGACCUGCUUUUCCUGCGCAACUGCAUUACCCACACAUAGAAAGCAAUGCCCCUUCAGAAGCAGUCUCAGAGACCUCCCAAAGACUCCGAAAGCCAGUUAUGAAGAGAAAGGUGCUGCGUCGAAAGCCAGGUGGGGAAGUAUUAGUGACAGAUGAGUCGAUGAUCAGUGAAUCAGAGUCUGGUACAGAAAGUGACAUGGAUGUCUGGGACUUAAGACAAAGGCUGAUGAAUCUGCACUUCCAGGAAGACAGGGAAUCUCCAGUUGAUAUUUCACAAAAAUUUAGUCUACCACGUGAAUACCAAGGAAUUUCUCAAGAUCAGCUCAUUUGCUGUCUACGAAGAGAAGAAAUGGGCCCUCCAGCAUAUGAACAAGACCUGAUUGUUGCCAGCCGGCCCAAGUCCUUUAUCCUCCCAAGGCUGGACCAGUUGAGCCGAAACCGGGGCAAGAUAGACCGGGUAGCCCGCUAUUUUGAAUAUAAACGAGACUGGGACUCCAUGCGGUUACCUGGUGAAGAUCACAGGAAGGAAUUACGCUGGGGUAUCCGAGAGCAGAUGCUUUGUCGUGCAGAAGCCCAGUCCAAGCCUCAGCAUAUAUAUGUUCCAAACAAUUACCUAGUGCCAACUGAGAAGAAACGAUCUGCCCUUCGCUGGGGUGUUCGUUGUGACCUUGCAAAUGGUGUGAUGCCCAAGAAACUUCCUUCCUUCCCUCUUUCUCCUUCUUAAGUCUUUUUUUUUUUUUAAACUAGUCUCUCCUUUCACAGGAUUGUUUGCAAUAAUCUGGUUCUUAGUAUCUCUCCUUUUAUUUAAAUAGAAACAACUAACUCAAAAUACCAUGGAACACAGAGUAAGGACUUGACCCAUCACUGGUCUUUCCUAGAUAUAUGUCACAUUGGUAUCUACCACUUAACUUCCAAAUGACCAUCACAUCUAGCAGUUGCAAGAGGAAUCAUGCCAGAAAAACAGACCUAGGCUUUCUGUUUUGUCUUAGUGAGCAAAGCCAGCACUAUUUGUUUCAUGAACUUGUUACUUUUGGCCAGUGUGAGUUGCUGUUUUUAUCAUUGUGUUUUUAAAGUUGCUGAACAGUAAGCUUACCUAUUAAAGACUUUUGGAAAUUUGUGAACUUGA